AUGGAGGUACCAAGUUUGGAACAAGACCAGUACAAUUCUGAUAGUGAUGAAGAAGAUGCAAUCGGCAUUGCUGACUGUUACGAUGGCAAUGGGGCAAUAAUCAGUGAGAAGUUCCUUCAGUUGAUACAGCAGGAAGACAACUUGGAUGAUGCUGAAGAGUCCGUGCUACAGAAUUUGUACAUGGAGGAUGAGAGCGAUGGUGAAACCGAAGUGGCAACUGCUGGUGCUUCUGUAAAAUCCAAACGCAGUCCUAGAAAAUGCAAGUCGAUUAAGCCCUACUAUUUUGACAACGAAGGAACGAAGGUCAUCCUACAGCCCAAGCAAACAGUAUGGUACUACAUGUACGUGGCGUCACCCACCAUUGAUUGCGCCAAAUGGCAUAAGAAAUUCAGGAGACGCUUUCGGCUUCCAUAUUCCGAGUUUCUCAACUUAUUUGACAAAGUGGAGAGCCAUGACAAGUACUUCCGUCGCUGGAAAUCAAAAGAUGCAGUGGGAAAAGAGUCUUCGCCUCUGGAAUUGUUGCUUUUGGGUGCGCUUCGCUAUCUUGGAAGAGGCCUGACUUUCGACGACGUGGAAGAGUACACAGCAAUAAAUGAAGAAACCCAUCGGCAAUUCCUCCAUGCAUUUAUCAGGUUUGGGGCAGAUGUAUUGUAUUCCCUGUACGUUGUGAUGCCCCGCACUGCAGAAGACCUUAAGCCCCACAGAAAGGAGUAUGAUAUCGGUGGUCUUCAUGGGUGUGGUUUCUCCACUGAUGCCACCAACGUAGUAAUGUGGCGGUGCUCCCACAACUUGAAACAGGCAAACAUGGGAUUCAAGCAGAGUCAUCCAGCGAGAACCUACAAUCUUACCUGCAACCACCGCCAUCCAUCUCGUUGGAAUGACAAAACUCUCGUACUGUUUGAUGAGUUCAUGACAGGCCUGCAUGAAGGAACCAUUCUGAGUGAUGUCAAGUUUCACUUGUUUUCCUGGGAAGGUGAAGUCGGAAACUCUCAAGUUGAAUAUACCAAGUACAGCGGAGCUUUGGGCCUUGUGGAUAAUGGAUACCAUAAAUGGGCAUGCACUCAAGCUCCAGCAAAGACAAGUCUCUUGCGUUGCGAGGAGCGAUUGAGUGAAUGGAUAGAGUCAUUCAGGAAAGAUGCUGAAUGCUGCUUCGGUAUUCUGAAAGGAAGGUUUCGAGUGCUCAAAACUGGCAUACGUUUAGAAGGACCUGAAGCCGCUGAUCGAGUCUGGCUUACUUGUUGCGCUCUCCACAACAUGCUGUUGAAGGUGGAUGGGUUGGAUGAGUGGGAUGGAUCUGCUGGAGAUAAUCAAGUGGAGGAUAUGAGAAGAUUUGCACCUUUCGCAGUGCAACGAUUGUCGAGUGAAGCUCUUCGUGGCUUUGGCAGUCGACACCACGAACAAACUGCUGCACAAGAAGAGUUGCUGAGAAGACAAAUCGAUCGGCAAAGAGAAGACGCAAUGGUAGAAGACGAAGCCAACAAUUCAGCAAUGGAUGACUGCCAUCUUACGCGACAGAAGGUUGCCGUAGAUGGAAGCGUUCUUGUGAAUUCCCUAGCAUACGACGACUUUCGCAAUCGUCUUGUGGAACACUUCGACAUUUUGUGGAGAUGCAAUAGAGUCAGAUGGCCACAAAGGAAAACUGGGUAA